CGGUAGAACCAUGGUCGGGGCGGGCGCUUGCUGCCUGCUCCUUGCCUCCGCCCUCGGGGAGGGGGAGGCCGGUGCCGGGGCGAGCAGCGGGUGAUGGGGAAGAGGCGAGCACAACGCUGAGGUCCUGCGGGGCCGGAUGAGCGGAGGAUUGGCGUCGCGGCGGUGGCGGGGCUGGAGGAGGGGGCGAAGGAGGCAGUAGGGGCGGCCUCCACUCCGGCUGCCCUGAGGGGAAGGAGCCCCCGACCAUGGAAAUCGAGAACAUCGUGGCCAACACGGUGCUGCUGAAAGCCCGAGAGGGCAAACGGAGUGGGCGUAGUAAAAAAUGGAGAGAGAUGCUGAAGUUGCCCCCUGUGAGUCACUGCGAAGGUAUUAGAAGCUCCAUCGAAAGAGACUAUAACCAGCUUUGUGACAAACAGCCCAUAGGAAGACUUCUCUUCAGGCAGUUCUGUGAUUCCAGACCAGAUUUGAAAAGAUGCAUUGAGUUUCUGGAUGCAGUGGCAGAAUAUGAGGUGUCGUCAGAUGAAAAGCGUAUUGACUGUGGCCUGAAAGUUUUAGAGACCUACUUCACUAAUGGGUCUACAGCACACUUGCCAGAAAUACCUCAGGAAACAGUAAAUGAAUGUAAAGCAAGACUGGAAAAGAAUCCUUCUAAAGAUCUUUUUAUGGACUGUACUAGAAUUGUCCAUGAAUACCUAAGCAGAGGACCAUUUGAAGCUUACCAGGAAAGUGUGUAUUUUUCCCGGUUUUUGCAGUGGAAAUGGCUGGAAAAGCAACCGGUAACCAAGCACACAUUUAGGCAUUACCGUGUACUAGGCAAAGGUGGAUUUGGAGAGGUGUGUGCCUGUCAAGUGCGGGCAACAGGCAAAAUGUAUGCUUGCAAAAAGCUAGAAAAGAAGAGAAUAAAGAAAAGGAAAGGAGAAUCAAUGGCUCUGAAUGAAAAAAGGAUUCUGGAAAAAGUGAAUAGUAGGUUUGUAGUUAGUUUAUCCUAUACAUAUGAGACAAAAGAUGCCCUGUGUUUAGUAUUAACCAUAAUGAAUGGAGGGGACUUGAAGUUUCACAUAUAUAACAUGGGAAAUCCUGGCUUUGAUGAAGAAAGGGCUAUUUUCUAUGCUGCAGAACUGUGCUGUGGUCUAGAGGAUUUGCAAAAGGAGAGAAUUGUUUACAGAGACUUGAAGCCUGAGAAUAUACUCCUUGAUGACUGUGGACAUAUCAGAAUUUCAGAUCUUGGCUUAGCUGUGCAGAUUCCAGAAGGAGAAACAGUCCGAGGACGGGUUGGGACUGUUGGUUACAUGGCUCCAGAAGUGCUCAAAAACGAAAAAUACACAUUCAGCCCAGACUGGUGGGGUCUUGGGUGCUUGAUUUAUGAAAUGAUUGAAGGACAGUCUCCAUUCAGGAAGCAUAAGGAAAGGGUCAAACGGGAUGAGAUUGACCGGCGAGUAAAGGAAGACCAAGAAAUCUAUUCAGACAAGUUCUCCGAAGAGGCAAAAUCCAUCUGCAGGAUGCUACUUGCUAAAAAUCCAGGGGAACGACUGGGUUGCACUGAAGAUGGAGCUGCUGUUGUAAAGCAACAUCCUAUUUUCAAGAACAUAAACUUCAAGAGGCUGGAAGCUAACAUGUUAGAACCUCCCUUCUUGCCAGAUCCACGUGCCGUGUAUUGUAAAGAUGUCCUGGACAUAGAGCAGUUCUCCACAGUGAAAGGAGUGAACCUGGAUACCACAGAUGAUGACUUCUACUCCAAAUUUGUUACGGGCUGUGUCUCGAUCCCUUGGCAAAAUGAGAUGAUUGAAACAGGAUGCUUUGAAGAUAUCAAUGCAUAUGAAACUGAUGGUACUGUGUCACCAGACAGAGAGAGGUCUCCUAAACCAAAGAGGGGCUUCUUUCACAGACUUUUCAGUGGAGAGGUCUGCUUUAAAUCUGACUGCAGUGAUGAUGAGCAGGAGUCCUCCAGACUUUAAAUUGUUUUACUCUCAUCAGAAAGGAUGAGCAAACUAAAUGUUUUAUAUCUCUGUAGCAAAGUGUAUUAUAUAUAUUUUUUAUCUGAGUUCAAGGAUUUUUGUACAUUUGUACUUCAUUUGUUUUAAGAUGUAUAUUUUCACUAAAGCUUAAUUGUACAAAAAGCAAUGAGUGCCAUUUGAGUGAGUGUGUUUCUGUAUGUCUUUGAUUUAUCUUGAUUUAUUUUUAUUAUUAUAUUUUUUUUCCCAGUGGAAUGAUUCUAGAAAUAAUACAAGGGAUUUUUUUUAAGUACAGAGAUAAUAUCUGUUGCAUCGAUGUAACUUGACUUUGUAUGCUUCUGGUAAAACUCUUCUUGUUCAUUAGUCUCUUUUCUUAACAGUGAAAUUGCUGUACUGAUACAUUUCAUAGUCCUGCUAUUACCCAGCAGCACAGCACUGCUGUUACCUAGUGUGUCUCCCAAGCAAUUGCUAAGGAAAAAAACAAAAGGAGUUCAGUGUGCUGUGGCCAGCUGUUUUGAACUGCUCUUUACUGUCUUGUCUCUGUGGAAUGUCUUUCUGUAUAUAGAGAAUUCUGAACAUUUAGCUUAAUCCUAUAAAAACUGUAUUGCCCCAUUCUUCUCUUUUCUACCCUUCUUACACAUCCUCUCCAUACAGUUUCUUGGCAUGGAGUAGAGCUAUGCCAAAAUUUGAUGACUGUAUUUUGAGUACUUGGUUGCCUUUCCUAAAAGGAUUUAUUUUCACCUGUGGGGACUCCUUUUUCUUUUUCUGCAAAUGAAAUUGUUUACAACUACUCAUAGGAGGUUCAAAAACAAAGCAUGGGCUCAUCUUGCCAACCUCUCUGCCUGUUACCUUGUGAUACACAAAGUUAACAGGGCUCUCAGCAAUCACUGCCACUGAGGGGAGGACAAGGUAGUAGUAAGUAUCAAAUUUAAUUCUGUAAAUAACCUUUCCUUGUAAUCUCUAGAAACUUAACCAUUAAAACCUGCCUUUAAUGAUUGCUUAACGCAGGUGUGGAGCUGGUAUGGAAAUCUUAGUUACCAUUACCUGGUGUUUGUUAGUAUAACUGUUUCCAACUGCUUCACAGAUUGUUAAACAUCCUUUCUUCUGGACUCCAAGUAUGCCAGGCUUCAUUUUGUAAAGUUUCCAGUGAAAACUACUAAGCUGUGUAUGAGAAUGAAUUUAGGGGAACACACUUCAUGAAGAACCUCUUCUGGUUUUGAAAUUUGAGUGAGGGACUUGACACCUAAUGAAAUGCUCUUGGAGCUGGAGAUCUGACCUUCAUUACAUACUUAGUUCUGUAUUCUGAGGAUUCAUCUCCACUGAGCAUGCAUUUUAUUUUUUCUCUCAAAUCUCCAGGGCACCAAGCAGAUGACACAUGUAUUAUACACACAGAGCAACUGAAUACCCCUCUACCUCAAACAGGUUUCUGCUUGUGAUCCACAGACCCACUGGAAGAAACUUAGGCUGCUUCUGAGAAACUCACAGGAUACAUUUGAUACUCAAAGCUAUGGUCAGGUUUUAAUUCAUAGUAUUUUUUUUUUCUUUAGUAACAGAUGUAGUAAUGGCUUAGAAUUUGGAAAAAAGCUGGAAAACCAGUGUCUUAAAUCCUACUGGGGCUGAGCUGGUGUCUGUCUGAAAUUGUCCCUCUUGGCUACUGUGCCACAGAAAUGAGGAAUGAAGUUCUCUUCCUGUGUUUUCAGUGCAUGUUUCCUGAUGUAUAAAAUGGCACAGAGGACAGCAAAAUGGUUGCCCUAGAAAGUCCAAAGGGAGAAACUGGCAGAGAGACAGUUUGAAUGAGUUGCUGGAGGAUAGUGUGAUGCAAUAGUGAAGGGACGCCUGACAGAAAGAGAAAUAUCUGAAGUAAGGAUGUUGGCUGGAACCAUUAUGAGUGAGACAAUGAGCUGGCAGAGUCUGGCCUGACCCUCCUUAUUAUGUGCCACAAGAAUACAAGGAUUCUAAAAAGCUGGGCAUGGAGAAAUUGGGAAGUAACAAAAGUGUUUUAUAAAUACCUUGGUUGGAGAAGUCAUCAUGCUUCUCUGAUUAAGGGGGCUCAUUUUUUUUUAAGCUC